UGCAGACAUGACAAUUGACAUGUUUGCAGAGGUCAGUAAUGAGCGUCAGCCUUCUCCCGAGCAGCAGGAGGUCUCAGCUCAGACUCCAAAUGAAGCAACUCCACAACCAGAAACAUCGACAACAUAUCAUUCUUCUCUGACACACUCUUCUGCCCUUCCUGCUGUACGACAUGCUUCAGAAAAGGCACACGUAGAUUUCCCUGAGCAACUGGAACAGAAUGUCUCCAUGACCUUUAACAUAUGUGAGCUCUGUACCUGCACAGAUAAGACCCUCUCCUGCUCCGGUCUCAGUCCAGAGAAGAGGCUCCAUAGAGUGCCUGUGCCAGGGCCCAACACCAACACCUUCACCGUCCUAGAUUUCCAAGGAAACUCUAUUUCUUCCAUUGAUGGAAAUACAUGGAAGGCAUACCCAUGGGUUGAGAAACUAAUACUCAGUGACAAUUCUUUGGCAGAAUUACGUAAGGAUUCAUUUGAAGCCCUUCCAAACCUCAAGUACUUAGACUUAUCCUGCAAUAAAAUACAGUUUAUUGAAAGGCGGACAUUUGAAGCAGUACCGUAUUUGCAAUCUGUGAAUCUUAGUUGCAAUUUAAUCACCGAACUGAGCUUUGGAACGUUUCAGUCCUGGCAUGAAAUGCAGUUUUUACACAAAAUAAUUCUCAGCCAUAAUCCCCUAACAACUAUUGAAGAUUUUUAUCUUUUUAAAUUGCCAGCAUUAAAAUAUCUAGACAUGGGAGCAACACAAGUGUCACUUGCAGCAGUUCAAAACAUCCUCAUGAUGAAUCUUAAAUUAGAAAAGCUGAUCUUACCUAACCAUCUAACCUGCUGCCUCUGCCAAUUUAAAAAUAAUAUUGACGUUGUCUACAAGACAGUCAAACUACGUUGUGACAGUGAAUGUCUUAUCAGCACACACUGUGAUGAAGAAGAAUACAUCAGUAAUAUGGAUGGGGAGUUCAUGAAGGCUUUACUGGCCCGAAAGAAGAGUACCAGCACCGAGCUGACGAUUGAACCAGAGAAGGCCUCAUCCGAGAGAAACAGCCUGUCCCUUUUCCAGCACGAGCACCUAGACAACAACGAACUUGAGAUGCAGCUCAUCCAGAAGUUGCGGCCCCUUAUCCCCAACAGUAAUGUGAGGAAGUUCAUUGCCCAAGUAAUUCGGACUCUGAAAAUGGACUGCUCCGAUCCCCGGGUGCAACUGGAGUGUGCCAAGGUGGUCCACAAAACCGGGCUCCUGAUGAAGCUUCUUAGUGAGCGGCAGGACGUAAAGGUGUCCAGUGAAAAAUGGGAUACGGACCAGUGGGAGGCUGAGAACUACAUCAAUGAGAAUACCGAAGGCCAGGGUGAGCAGAAACAGGCGGAGGCAAGUGAGCUCAUAAAAGUUCCAGGAUAUGUUGUGUACCACAAUCAAAAAGCAGUCGUUGCAAUAAAUGUGGCUGUCGUCGUGAUAUUAUUGGUUUUAAUUUUAUGUCUCAUUGAGAUUUAUUCUUAUAGAGCAAGACAGUGUAAAGAUGGAAGAUCCAGGGAGCCCAGGGAAGUCAUGAAGAGAGCAGCACGGACUCCUGAGGAGAAAGCAGCCAAGGAGACCAAGACAGCCAAGACUCCCAAGACCCAGGGAGCACAGGGGACACAGGCACCACAGCGCCCCCCACCACCAAUUGUCCCCCUGGCACGACAGACCAGCGAGCCUCCACAUGGCUCCCUAGAACCACAGAACGCAGAGUCACCACACUCCAUCGGGUCUUCACAGUCCGUCGCAGCACGACAGUCCGUCAGGGCUCCACAGUCCCCUGAUGCACAGCAGUCCUUCAGAUCCCAGGAGAUCCCGUCAUCCCUGGAGAUUUCAGUUCAAACGGAUGAGUAAAAAAAGGAGUCAUUACAGGCAGCCGUGGUGUUAGAGGCCCUACAGUGAACACCUCCUGCUUCAUACCACCUGGACAUUUUAUUGUCUGAAGAGCCUCUUGGCAGCUGCUGUAAAAUUCUUCUUUUUCGUAUGUUAAAUACAUACAUGCAUA